AAGGUCAGGCAUGAUACUCUCGUUAUCUCCUGUAAGUUUUCUCCCGACGGUAAAUACGUCGUCUCAGGCUUGGAUGUGAACCGCGGAAUCUGCAUAAUGGAUGCGGAAAAUACCACCACCAUCUCACUAGUCAAAGAUCAUCACAGGAGAUCAAUCACAGCAUGUUGCUUUGACCCCGACAGCCAGAAGGUGGCUUCCGUCUCCAUGGACAAGAGCAUCAAGAUCUGGGAUAUUACAUCCCAGGCCACACUGGUCACCAUCACCAAGGCACAUUCCAAUGCAAUCUCGAACUGCUGUUUUACCUUCAGCGGCCAUUUCCUGUGUACAAGCUCCUGGGAUAAAAGCUUAAAAAUAUGGAACGUCCACACAGGGGAGUUUCGAAACCAUGGAGCCUGUGUGACUUUGAUGCAGGGCCACGAAGGUUCUGUCGGCUCCUGCUGCUUUGCCAGAGACAGCUCUUUUCUCAUUUCUGGAGCAUUCGACAGGACUGUGGCUAUUUGGGAUGUAGGGGAAGGCUACCGGAAGCUCUCCUUGAAGGGCCAUAAUGACUGGGUGAUGGAUGUUGCUGUUAGCAACAACAAGAAAUGGAUCCUGUCUGCUUCAAAGGACAGGACCAUGAGGCUAUGGAAUAUUGAAGAAAUUGACCAAAUUCCUUUGGUAAUCAAGUACAAAAAGGCCAUGGGCUUAACGUUGAAACAGGAAAAGAAAGAGACCUACCUGCAGCUGUGGCAAAGAUGAACCCGUUGCAUUUGACUUGCUCCGAAUCGGCAUGAGAAGCCUUGGAGGCCAGAUCUUUCACCGAGCCUGCCC